AUGAAGAAUAAAUUUUAAUUUAAAUCAGUUGCUACCUCAAGUUUAAUGACUGCAUUUGGAAUUUCAAUAUUUUUAUCAUUAAUUAGUUCCUCUACCUAUUAAUCUGAAACGCGAUCAAUUUUGUUAUUUAGUAUUCAAGUAUUUUUUCAAAUUAAAAAAAGAACCCUAUCUUAGAAGUCAUUUCGUUGCUUUUAUACUCAAUUAGUUUGCUUUUAACUUUUCCACUUCAGCUGUUUCCAGCUGUUCAAAUUGUGGAAUAAAUGUUUUUAAAGGAUAUGGUAGAAUUUAUCAGUUUCAAUGAUAUUUAAGAAAAUUCUUUUGAAGAAUCUCCAAUAUCAAAGAAUAUUGCCUCUACUAGAGAUAAAAUUGAUGACAUUGCAGUUGAAAAAGAUGAUAAAGUUUUUGAAGAUAGAUUCUUAUAAAUGAUUAUAAGAAGUAUGCUGGUAAUCACUAUUUAUUUUAUUGCCUAUUAUGUACCUCAUCUAUCACACUUUCUAAAUUUUAUUGGAAGCAUCUUUGGAUCUUUAUUACAAGUACUAUAUAAUUUAUGAUUUAGUUCUGUUUUCCUGUAAUCGUUCAUAUUAUCUAUUUUAAAAAUUCCAAAGCAACUAAACCUAUUAUUCAUUAUUUAAUUAUAAUGAUUGUUUCACUACUAGCAAUUAUCUUAGGAACAGCAGAAUCCUUAAAGCAUUUACUAUGA